AAAUGAAUUCGUAUUUCAACAAUACGAAAUAGCAGUGAUGUAAAAAUAAUUAAAAAUAAUGUGUUAAAUUAUUUUAAAUUGAAAUCUUUAAUUCCAUUGCAAGUUUUUAUUUAGUUUUAAAACUUUGUUCAAGUGAUUUUUGUGUGACUUUGUAUUGGAAGUGGCGAUAAAGUGUUUUGGCCAAAGUAUUGUGCUUAACCUAUUAUGUGCUGGGACUAAAAGUAUAUUAACCCGACUAACUGAACAUUGCUUUGAAAUCAGAUGCAGUAUGACAUUAAGAUAACACGUGGUGUUGGGGUGGUUAUGCCAAAAGCCGAGUGUAGCAAAGCGUGAUAUCAAAGUUUCUUCUGUAUGCCCGACAAGACUGCAGCACCGAUGAGGCUUGUGAACCAUGAGUACUUGGUGCUGCAUCACGAUUAUGAUGUCCACUAUCAGUACGACAGUCCUCACGCCGGCUCCACAGAAGACUGAGGCUAAGGAAGCUUUUGACCGCCACUAUUGGUACACACAGGCGCAGGAAACGUUGCAGAAACGACUGCAGUACGCUGCUGAUAAAAAUCCUGUUGCAAAAAACGUGAUCCUGGUAGUGGGAGACGGUAUGAGCCUGACAACUGCUACUGCAGCCAGGAUCCUAAGAGGGCAGAGAAGAGGGCAGUCGGGUGAGGAUACAGAUUUAGCGUGGGACACUUUCCCUGCAGUUGCGUUAGCAAAGACAUAUAACAUAGAUGCCCAAACAGGAGAGUCUUCUGCCUGUGCCACCGCUCUUCUAUGUGGCGUGAAGGCACGGUACGAGACCCUGGGUUUAGAUGCUGGUGGAAGAUUCAACAGUUGUGCUUCUACUAUCAACUCUAAAGUCACAUCUUUGGUUGACUGGGCACAUGAAGCUGGAAAAUCCAGCGGCAUUGUGACAACAGCGCGGAUAACACACGCUACUCCGGCGGCGUUGUACGCGCAUGCGCCGUCCAGAUACUGGGAAGACGAUAGCAGAGUACCCCCCACCGUUAGAAAAGACUGCAAAGAUAUAGCUUUGCAGCUUGUAGAAAAUGAACCGGGAAGGAGUAUAAAUGUAAUUAUGGGAGGUGGAAGAAGACACUUCUUGCCUACCAUCACACCAGACCCUGAGCAUCCAAACCGUGAAGGUAGAAGACUAGAUGGAAGGAAUUUAGCUGAAGAUUGGGCCAGAGAAAAGAAGAGACGGCGAUUGCGAGCUCAAUAUAUACAUUCAAGAGAACAACUUGCUAAGUUAGAUCCUAGAACAGUGGACUAUUUGUUAGGUCUGUUCGAAUACUCCCAUAUGGAGUUCAACGCAGAACGAGGAGCGAUAGCAGACGCGGAGGAAGGUGGUAGUGCCAGCCCCACUGUCAAAGCUGAUGAUCCAUCCCUGGCCGAUAUGACUCGAGCCGCAUUGUCUAUUUUGACCAAAAACGAUAAUGGAUUUUUUCUUCUCAUUGAGGGUGGAAGGAUAGACCACGCUCAUCACUACAACAAUCCAUAUAGAGCUCUCGACGAAACUUUGGAGUUAGAAACCGCACUGUUGGCAGCAUUAGAGAGGGUUAAUCCUGCUGAAACUUUGAUCGUCGUCACCGCCGAUCACGGUCAUGUAAUGACUUUUGGCGGCCAAGCUACGCCGAGAGGACACCCUGUUCUAGGUGCGGAUACUGUGGUGUCGGAUAUAGAUGGUUUGCGUUAUACUACUUUGCUCUACGGUACGGGUCCUGGGCAUUCGGAGCCGAGAGCAUUGCCGUUGAAUACGACGACGUCUGCUGCAAAUGCGGACGCUGUUCACGCUGCUGCAGUUCCUAGACAAUGGGCCACACAUGGUGCUGAAGAUGUGCCUAUUUAUGCUUUAGGUCCAAUGGCAACGACAUUGUUUGCUGGUGUUGUGGAGCAAAGCUACAUACCUCAUGCGAUCGCAUACGCAGCGUGCAUAGCCCACCAGUCGCGGAGAUGUCAAGAAAAAGUCAACUUCACACAACCACUGGAAAAGCCUCCGAACUGCGUUCCACCAGAAGUGAGCAGCGUAUCCACUGCAGAUGACACUAGAAGUGACAGCUCAACGCGACGUCGAAUUGUCGUCGCGUCAAGUGUCAUGGCUGACGAACGCGCGCCCCGAUCGUCUGCCCCGCUACCCGCUACGCUUAUCACCUCACGCUACCUUACAUCAAAGCUAAUCGAAUACAUUUCUCGAAUAAGUUUAAUUUGGUUUAUCCUAAAGAUAUAAAAUUCGUUUAAAAUGUACAUAAUUAAAUUAAAAUACAGUCCACCCCAUAAUUUUCUCGACUGUAUCUAAAAAAAUGUUAAUUAAUUUCUAAUGAUGAUUUUAAAAAUGUACGUAUACGUUAACUGUAAAUACACUGAUCGAAAUGUAAAUAAAAUAGCUGUUACUUAAAUGUAAAUAUCAAAUUAAAAUGAAGAUUGAUAUAAAUAGUUA